AUGAGAAACUUUAACGAUAACGCCGGAGAGGCGAAGAAGCCAUCCAUGGAAGGUCUCGUCAAAACCAUGUCUGUGCUGCUAAGGGACAACGAAUGCGCUUUCAAUUUGGAAGAACACGAAGAGCAGGAAGACCAACGAAGCACAGACCAAAGAUCGUUGGACAAAAAAGACAGUGAGAUGAUUGACUGUUUGAUGCAAAAGCUAACGUCGAAAAAGUUCCUGUUGGAGAAGGAAACGAAGAACACCUUCUUUCUUGUAGAUAACGAUAAUAUGAAGAUAAAAAAGCUAAAGGAACAUGGCCACUCGGCAUCCCUAAAUGAUGAUUUGAGUCCUCUACAGUAUGAAAGGAUAAAGUACCAACCUACAUUACCCAAGGCGCUGGCAAGUGAGUACCAGGUGUUGGAAGAAAACCAUGGGGAUGAUUUUAUUAACAAAAAAGAUUAUGAGGAGAUUAAAAAAUAUUUGAAAAAUCUACAUAACUUGCCCAUUUUGAAUGUGAAGGAAACGAAUAACCAUGAAUCUUUCAAAGGAGGAAAUGUAUUGAAAAUUGGAAUUAUUUUAUCUGGUGGUCCUGCACCAGGUGGACACAACGUCAUAUCGGGUAUAUAUGACUAUGCCAAGAGGUACAACGAGCAGUCGCAAGUUAUUGGCUUCUUAGGAGGGAUAGAUGGCUUGUAUAGCAAAAAUUAUGUCACCGUUACGGAUUCUUUGAUGAAUCGAUUUCGCAACUUGGGAGGGUUUAACAUGCUGUGGUCAGGACGAGGGAAGGUAAGAAAUAAAGACGAUUUAAUUGCUAUAGAAAAUAUUGUUACAAAGUUGAAAAUGAAUGGUUUGGUAAUAAUCGGAGGGGAUGGAUCCAACAGUAACGCAGCAUUGAUAUCUGAAUAUUUCGCUGAGAGGAAAAUCCCAAUUUCUAUUAUCGGCAUUCCGAAGACCAUCGAUGGGGAUUUAAAAAGUGAAGCAAUAGAAAUUAGCUUUGGCUUCGAUACAGCCACGAAGACGUACUCAGAAGUGAUAGGCAAUCUAUGCACAGAUGUGAAGACAGGACAUAAUGUAUAUCACGUGGUGAGAGUGAUGGGAAGGUCAGCUUCCCAUGUAGUAUUGGAGUGUGCUCUGCAGACCAGGCCGAACAUAGUCCUCAUAGGGGAAGAAGUAGAGAAGGAGAAGCUAUCCCUAAAGGAUAUCGUGAGCAAUAUUGUUAAUACUAUAUUGAAGAGAAGGUCACUAAAUAAAAACUACGGAGUUAUUUUAAUUCCAGAAGGACUGAUCGAAUUUGUACCCGAAAUGAAGGUUCUAAUUGGUGAAUUAAAUGUCAUAUUGAAAGAAGGUCCAUUUGAUGCAGACAAAUUGAAGCACUCAAGAGAGGUAUGGGAUUUCUUACCCACUAUUAUUCAGGACCAGCUUUUAAUGGAUAGGGAAUCUACUGGAUAUAUUCAAGUGGGGAAAAUUGCAACAGAGAGGUUAAUCAUUGUACUUGUCGAAUCUGAGCUAGCCAAACUGAAUGACAGUAGUUUGAAUAUUCAGUUUAUGGCUCACUAUUUAGGAUACGAGGGCAGAUGUGCUAUCCCGUCCAACUUUGACUGUAACUAUUGCUAUGCCUUGGGGUAUAACGCAGCUUUGCUAAUUGAUCAUAAGAAAACAGGGUACAUGUCUAUCAUACAGAAUUUGGAAGAUUCCUAUGCGAAUUGGAUCCCUGCGGCCAUUCCGUUUCUACGUAUCAUGCAUGUGAAUAGGGACAACACAGGGAAAGAGUUCCCAGCUGUGAAGAGAUACCUCGUAGAUUUGAAUAGCCCACUUUUCAACGUAUUGAAACAAGUUCGUAAUUUGUGGUCCCUCUACGAUCUGUAUAGAUCUCCAGGUCCGAUUCAGUUCAACGGGCACUUGAGUAACUCCAGAUGCUACACGGUGAAGAUACCCACGAAGGAUUUACUCCUGUGUCAGAACUCGGAAGACUUGCAGUUGAUUAUCAGUUUGACUAAUAAGACGAACCAUGUGGGGGAUAAUAUCACUGGUGGUUCGGAAGAGGAGGGGGGUAGUCAGAAGGAUUUGAGUGGCAUCUCCUCCGCCGAUUCGCAGAAGGGGAACGAACUUGGUUCAGUUAGUGCCACAUCUAAAGGGGCUCACGAAAAUUUCCUAUUAUCCACGCAUAGUGAAGAAGUGGGACAUGACUCAGGAGGGGUCGCAGGGAAGAAGACCACCCUCCCUGAUAUGGCAAUCGAAGCAAGUGCCAACGCGGAUAAUGUGGAAAACGACUUUUACGAACAGCACUGCUCUAGUUACAAGUCCUUAGGAUGCAUGUCCGAGUUGCAGACCUCGAGGCUGUACAACAAGCUGGAACUCCCUGAACUGUGCUCAGAUUUGAAGGCCAAAGUGAGAGCAGGAAAACAGUACAUAUCGAAUGACCCCUACACUCAGAAGCAGAUCCUGUCCAAUUAUCCCCACAUGUCUUAUGAAAAUAAAUUUCAAAUUCAGGAAAUUUUUCACGACAAGUAUGCCACACCGAUAUCGUUUGAAAUAAAGAUAGGAAUUGUGUUUCUGUCUAGACAGGCACCCGGGGCGAUGAAUGUGUUAUGUGGUCUCUACCACAGAUUGAAGCUGCUAAAGGGGGUAUGCAUUGCCUUUUACGGAUUGUAUGGCCUGUUAAACAAUAAGUAUAUCAUUAUAGACGAUGACAACAUAGCGAAGCAUUUGAACCAGGGAGGGUUGGAGUUAACGGGUAAUUCCCCGGAACACUCUCUAUUUGAUAAAGAGAACAGAAAUAAGGUUUGCGAGACAGUCACCAAUUUGCAGCUAAACGGUUUGGUGAUGCCUGGAUCGAAUGUCACCAUUACGGAAGCGGCUCUCCUUGCGGAGUAUUUCCUGGAGAAGAAGAUCCCUACUUCCGUUGUGGGUAUUCCGUUAACUGGCUCGAACAACUUGAUUCACGAGUUGAUAGAGACAUGUGUAGGUUUUGACAGCAGCACGAAGGUGUAUGCCUCUCUUAUUGGAAAUGUCCUUACAGAUGCAGUGAGUAUGCCUAAGUAUUGGCAUUUCAUUCGGCUGAUGGGAAGAUCUCCUUCGCAUGAAGUCCUGGAGUGCGCGCUGCAGACUCAUCCGAACAUGGUGAUAAUCUCUGAGGAGUAUGGAGCAGCAGAUAAAACACUGUGGAGGGUUGUGCAAGACAUUGCAGACGUUGUUUGUGCAAGGGCUGAACUGGGAAAGAACUACGGGACGAUAUUAAUCCCUGAUGCGCUGCUCAUGCAUCUACCCCAUAUGAAGAUUUUACUGACGGAAAUUAGUGACAUACUGAACGAUGCCAAUGAGAAGGGGCAGUUGGCUGAGGCGAGAAACGACUUGGUCAAUUUGUCCACAAUGAAGAGUGGCACAGCGGGGGGAGGGGCAGCAUCAGGGGGGGGAGCAGCGUCCGGGGCAGCAUCAGUUGGAGGAGCAGCGUCCGGGGCACCGUCCGGGGCGGAGCAACCCCUGUCUGGCUCCCCGUGGGUCCUUAAAUUGACCCCGUGGAGCUUAGCCCUGCUGAAGACCUUCCCCCAGUUCAUCAUCAAAGAACUACUACACGUGGAUCUGAGAUCUAUGAGAUUUGAGAAGUUAGAGACAGAGCAGUUGCUUCUUCAAAUGGUAAAGGAGGAACUCCAUCAGAGAAAAGAAAAAGGAAAAUAUUCAGGAAUCUUCAUGGGAUUGACCCAUUUCUUUGGCUACCAAGGUCGUUCAUCAUUGCCAUCCGAAUUUGAUUGUAAGUUGGCAUAUUCCUACGGGCAUGCUGCUUCCAUAGUGAUUGAAAGUGGACUUACAGGAUAUAUCGUCUCGAUUAGGGGUCUCUGUGGAAACAUAAAAGAUUGGAAAAUGUUUGCAAUUCCUUUUAUAUCUUUGAUGAAAAUUUUGCCUAGGGGACAGGGCAGUAAGUAUUUGAAGAGCGCCUCCAAGGGGGACCUGCCUGUCAUUCCUAGUGCCCCGGUUGACCUGAACGGCAAGGCGUAUAGAAGCUUAAAGGUUGCGUUGCAGAAGUGGCAGAUGGAGGAUAGGUUUUGUAAUCCCGGACCCAUUCAGUUUGAAGGAAAUGCGUCUAACUAUUACAACCGCAUUUUGUUUGAAGAGCAGUCUGAGUACUUCGAGAUGCUGCGCUAUGUGGAGUGCUACGCGAACAUACUGAAGGAUACGUGCCGUUUCGGAGUCUCAGCCGAUUACCUUAAGAACGUGUUCGUGCAGCUGUGCGGCAUGCUUGUUCUCGCGUACAAGCCGAACGACAUUCUCUCGAACAUGCCCUGCAUCGGCAGCAUCGAGGAUUACUACGACUGGGAGAACCAGCGCAAGCGGAUGGACUAG